AUGACUGCUUGCUUGAUUGUUGUAGUUAUUGCAUUUGUCAGGUACGGUAGUUGGUUACCACCAACGUUGAGGGAUGCUGCUGAGCGAGUUCAAGUGGUGGCGAUUGGUGUGAAGUCCAUCGCUGGAUUGAUGCUCAAUGGGCACAUUCCAGGUUAUGCCGGUCGCAUUGAGCCGAUUGAAGCAGUCGAAUCACAAAUGUCAACCAGCGUUGAUGAACCUCAACGUAUCGAUCUAACCGAAGAAGAACUGCAGUUGUUGCGCAAAGCAACUCACGAAGUCACUAUUCAUCAUCCACUGCCAAGGAAAGAUGCAGCGAGUACAUCGGCACCGCCGAAGAAAUCAUUUUAUCAACCAAAGUUACCGAAGGGUUAUAAAUUGGAUAUCCCAGAGAUGACAGAAUUGAAAAAUCGUGAGAGAAGAGUGCCAAGUUCGAGAAUCGCUCGUCUCCUCACAUUCGGUCAACUUGGUGUUGGCCUUGCAGCUGGUGCGGCCGCUGAGGUGACACGACGUGCGUUCACAUUCAAUAAGGUUAAUGAAUCACAAACGGCCGAUCGUAUUCUCACAAAUCCACUGUUGACCCAAGCGAAUGCCGAGAAAAUCGUUCAAACACUGUGUCGUGUUCGUGGUGCUGCCCUCAAGCUUGGACAGAUGUUAAAUUCGGACACAAUUUCACCGGUAUGGCAAAAAAUAUUCGAACGAGUACGGCACAGCGCCGAUUUUAUGCCCGUUCGACAAGUGCAUCGACAGCUGAGGAGAGAUCUUGGUGAUAAUUGGCGAGAUAAUUUCAUGGAAUUCGAUGAUAAACCCUUUGCGGCCGCGUCUAUUGGACAAGUGCACCAUGCGAAAUUGUUGGAUGGUCGCCGUGUGGCCAUCAAAAUCCAAUAUCCGGGUGUUGCUGAAGGCAUUGAUUCGGACAUCAAUAAUCUCAUUACUGUCCUCAAUAUUGGUGGUAUCUUUCCGAAAGGUCUUUAUUUGGAGAACUUUGUCGAGGUUGCUCGUAAGGAACUGAAACUGGAAUGUGAUUACAAAAGAGAAGGACGAGCGAUCAAGAAAUUCGCUGAAUUAUUGGCCGACGACAACGCUUUCUAUGUGCCCAAGACUGACCCGAAUUGGUCGAAUUUCUUGUUUGGUCGUCAUCCGAUUAACGGCGAACCACGCUUGAUAUUGCUCGAUUUUGGUGCCUCUUUAUCGUAUCCGAAAAAAUUCGUCGAUCAGUACAUGCGCAUCAUAAAAGCAGCUUAUGAUCAUGACCGAAAAACGGUUCGUUUUGCUCUUAUAGAAAUUCGUUUGUUUUUGAUUCGUUUAGCAGCAGCAAAUUGA